GUUUCCCACUUCCCACCUUCUUUCCCUCACCUCCAAGCCACCCACCCCCACUUUACCCUACCCCAACUUCCCUCUCUACCCAUCAUCCACCCAUCAUCUUCCCCCCUGUCUCUUUACAAUUUCCGUUUCCAAUUGCAGGCCGUCUUCUCAUCCCUGGAAAAGGCUGUUAAUUUAUCAUCUGAAUCGAGAAAACUCGGAUCAAGAACGCCUGUUUUGAUUUUUAAUUUUCUCGCUUGAAUUGGUGGAGCUAUCAAGUUAUUGUUUAUAUUAUUGUAUAGAUUGGCAUCGAACCUGAAGGAUAGAGCGCGAGAGAGAUAGGGGUUAGGGUUGCGUAGUUAUGGGAUUGGGCGAUGUGGAUCUUCUGGAGGAGCCCGGACUCGGAGGAGGAGAUAAAGUUUCGGCCGCUGUGUCGUGUUCAAUUUGCAUUGAAGCGGUGACCGAUAAUGGGGAUAGAUCUUGGGCGAAGCUUCAAUGCGGUCAUCAAUUCCACCUUGAUUGCAUCGGGUCUGCAUUUAAUGCAAAGGGAGCAAUGCAAUGCCCGAAUUGUCGAAAAGUUGAAAAAGGUCAAUGGCUUUAUGCAACAGGGCAUCGUUCAUUGCCCGAGUUUAACAUGGAUGAUUGGGCCCAUGAUGAGGACUUGUAUGAUCUAAGUUUCUCUGAAAUGUCAUUUGGAGUUCAUUGGUGUCCAUUUAGCGGAUUAACUCGUCUGCCUUCAUCUUUUGAUGAAGGAGAUUUUGCUUCAAGUGCAUAUCACGAUCUUCUUGGACAGCAUCCUCUUUUUGCUGAACAAACUGCUGUCUCUUCGUCAAAUCAUCCAUGCCCAUACAUUGCAUAUGUUGGUGUGGAUGUCCAUUAUCCUCAUGGGUGGGGGGAGCACCAUCCUUCUACUUUCCAAACAAGUAGCAGCCGGAUUGGUAGUGCUGAACAGCAGCCUUCAAUACCCUCUGUUUCUCAUAGAGCUGCUAGAACAACAAACUCCGAUAUGCCGAGACCUGGAUCUUUUGUCCACCCAUUUCUUGUCAGCCACAGCUCAGCUCGACCUGGGACUUCGGUUGGCUCACCCAUGAUUCCUCCUUACCCUGGAAGUGUGGCCCGGGCUCGUGACCGUGUCCAGGCUCUCCAAGCAUAUUUCCAGCAGCAACCCAGCAAUUCGCCAGCUGUACGGGCACCGGUCAUGUCCGGAGGAGCCCGGAGAUCCAACAGUCACAGGGGGGUCCACCUGCCUCAAGUGGCAUCAUCCUCAUCUGAUCAUCAUCAUCAGCCUGCUGCCGCUGGAGGGUUUUACUUCUAUCCAUCUGCUGCUGCUGCUUCGUCUGGAAGAAGCUUCCAAGAAGCAGCUGAAGGCCCUUCACCCCUCCGGUUUCGUAGUUGGGAGCAACGGGAACACACUACCACCACCUUCAACAACUUGCCACCACAGGUGGAGAGAGAUCCGAUAUGGGGCCCGUUUUACCACCAAGCAGCAGCCAGCGGGUCCGAUUCUGGUGCGAUCAGAUCCUCUGGCAACUUUCGCCAGAGACAUGGGUCCGAUAGGAUGCCAUCUCAGAACCGGUCAUAACCCAUUACCAUCCGUGUCCUGAAAAAGAAAGAAAAAAAAUUAUGUAUGUUCAUCUGUUGUGCAGUCUCUCAAAAGACCACAUGGGGGGGCAGAUGUAAAAACUAUCAUUGGCCCUGAAAAUCGACGUUCGUCCUUUCUUGCAGUUAUGGACGACAGUUGUGCCCAGCCACCGUGUUUCUGUGCCCCUCUCCCCAUCUGUGAGUGUGGUGGGUGGGGGUACAUAAGUACGCAAACAAACAAUGCCAUAUUUAAAUGGCGGGACCGUUAAGCGUUUUUUCGUGCACACGUCUUUGGUUGCUUUCUUUUUUUAUGCCUGUUUUUUUCCUGUGGUUGAGAGUUGGUAUGUGUUGGGGAUUCUUCUUUGGCUUCAUUUCAACUGUGUACCUGGUUUUCGAAACUUGAGGAAUCGCU